AUGACUGAGAAGGUUACGGGGCAGAGCGUUGGCAUUGAUCUGGGCACGACUUACUCGUGUGUGGGCGUGUGGCAGAACGACCGCGUGGAGAUCAUUGCCAACGACCAGGGCAACCGCACGACCCCGUCGUACGUGGCGUUCACCGACACGGAGCGUCUUAUCGGCGAUGCUGCCAAGAACCAGGUGGCUAUGAACGCACACAACACGGUGUUUGAUGUCAAGCGGUUGAUCGGGCGCAAGUUCACCGAUCCAGAAGUGCAGUCGGACAUCAAGCACUGGCCGUUCAAGGUAGUUCGUGGUGCUGAGAACAAACCUCAACUGGUGGUGCAGUUCAAGGGCGAGUCGAAGACGUUCCAACCGGAGGAGAUUUCGUCUAUGGUGUUGAUCAAGAUGCGAGAGGUGGCCGAGGCAUUCAUUGGCAAACAUGUGAAGAACGCGGUGGUGACGGUCCCGGCCUACUUCAACGACUCGCAGCGCCAAGCGACUAAAGAUGCGGGAGCUAUUGCUGGUUUGAAUGUGCUGCGUAUCAUCAACGAGCCGACGGCCGCUGCGAUCGCCUAUGGGCUGGACAAGAAAGGAGGUGAGCACAACGUGCUGAUCUUCGAUCUCGGCGGCGGAACGUUCGAUGUCUCUCUGCUCACUAUUGAAGAAGGCAUCUUCGAGGUCAAGGCGACAGCGGGUGACACGCACUUGGGAGGUGAGGACUUCGACAACCGUCUGGUCGAGUAUUUCGUACAGGAAUUCAAGCGCAAGUACCGCAAGGAUAUGACAGUGAACCAGCGUGCGCUGCGUCGCCUGCGUACGGCGUGCGAACGCGCCAAGCGGACGUUGUCUACUUCGGCGCAGGCAUACCUUGAGAUUGACUCGCUACUGGAUGGUAUCGAUUUCAACUCGACCAUCACGCGUGCGCGGUUUGAAGAUCUGUGCAGCGACUAUUUCCGUAAGACGAUGGAGCCGGUCGCGCAGGUUUUGCGUGACUCAAAGCUGUCCAAGAACCAGGUGGACGAGAUCGUCCUGGUCGGCGGAUCUACGCGCAUCCCGAAGGUGCAGCAAUUGCUGAUGGGUUUCUUCAACGGCAAGGAUCUGUUCAAGUCGAUCAACCCGGACGAAGCCGUCGCGUACGGCGCCACGGUGCAGGCGGCGAUACUGAGUGGCAAUGAGUCAUCGUCCAAGCUGCAAGACCUGCUACUGCUGGACGUCGCACCGUUGUCGUUGGGUUUGGAGACGGCCGGUGGAGUUAUGACCAAGCUCAUUCCACGCAACACUACAGUGCCUGCGAAGAAGACGCAGACGUUCUCGACGUACACUGAUAACCAGCCGGGCGUGCUGAUCCAAGUGUUCGAGGGCGAACGAACCAUGACGCGUGAUAACCAUCUUCUGGGCAAGUUCAACCUGGACGGUAUCCCGCCCAUGCCGCGCGGUGUGCCUCAGAUUGACGUGACGUUCGACGUUGAUGUCAACGGCAUUUUGAAUGUGUCGGCUGUGGAGAAGUCGACGGGCAAGGAGAACAAGAUCACGAUCACGAACGAUAAAGGUCGACUGUCGCAGUCCGAGAUCGACCGCAUGGUCGCCGACGCCGAGAAGUACAAGGACCAAGAUGAACGCAAUAAGUUGCGCAUUGAGUCGAAGAACGCGUUGGAGAACUACGCGUUUUCUCUUCGGAACUCGACGCGCGAGGAAAAAGGACAAGAAGACCAUUGA